GCGGCGGCGCUGCGGGCCGCGCUGCAGGAGGCUCAGGCGUGGGCGGCGGCGGAGGGGCGGCGGCUGGCGGAAGCUGAGGGGAAGCUGCGGGACGCCAUUGAACAGAGGGAGGCGGCGAGGCGGGAGGUAGCGGCGCUGCAGGGGGCGCUCGAGGCGGCCCGGGCCGACGCGGCGGCUGUCAUUGGGGAGGCGCGGCGGGAGAAGGGCGCUCUCAAGGCGCAGCUGUCCGCCGCUGCAGCGGAGCGCGACGCCGCCGCCCGCGACGCGGCUGCGCUCCAGGCAGAUCUGGAGCAAGCACAGGCCGCGGCAGCCGCAGCUGACAGCAGCUAUGAGCGCCUGCAGGAGGCGCAGGCGCAGCUGGCGGCGGCUGCAGCCGAGCGCGACGCCACGGCGAGCAGCGCCACCGCCUUGCAAGCAGAGCUGGAUCAGGCGCGAUCGCAGGCGGCGGCCGCGGAGCAGGGUUUGCAGGAGCAGCUGCGGGAAGCAGAGGCGCAGAGGCAGGCCGCAGCGCAGGUGCGGGACGCGGCGGCCAGAGAUACAGCGGCGCUACACGCUGCGCUGGACGCCGCCCGAGCCGAGGCCGCUGCGCAGCUGGCCGCCGCUGCCGCGGAGCGUGACGCUGCUGCGCGCGACGCAGCUGCGCUUCAGGCAGAGCUGAAGCAAGCACAGGCCGCGGCAGCCGCAGCUGACAGCAGCUAUGAGCGCCUGCAGGAGGCGCAGGCGCAGCUGGCGGCGGCUGAGGCCGAGCGCGACGCCGCAGCCAGCGGUGCUGCAGCCUUGCAAGCAGAGCUGGAUCAGGCGCGGUUGCAGGCGGCGGCCGCGGAGCAGGGUUUGCAGGAGCGGCUGUGGGAAGCAGAGGCGCAGAGGCGGGCCGCGGCGCAGGCGCGGGACGCGGCGGCCAGGGAGCUCGCAACAAUGCACGCUGCGCUGGACGUCGCCCAAGCCGAGGCCGCUGCGCGGCUGGCCACGGCUGCCGCGGAGCGUGACGCCGCUGCGCGCGACACAGCAGCAGUGCGUGCUGAGCUGGAGCAAGCGCAGGCGGCGGCGGCUGCGGCUGAUAGCAGCAAUCAGCGCCUGCAGCAGGUGCAGGCGCAGCUGGCAGCGAUUACGGCCAAGCGCGACGCCGCGGCGAGCGGCGCCGCGGCCUUGCAAGCAGAGUUGGAGCAGGCGCGGUCGCAGGCGGCGGCCGCGGAGCAGGGUUUGCAGGAGCAGCUGCGGGAAGCGGAGGCGCAGGGGCAGGCUGCCGCGCAGGCGCGGGACGCGGCGGCCAGAGACACAGCGGCGCUGCAGGAGGCUCUCCAGGCAGCGUCCGCCUCUGCGGCGGCGACGGAGGGCGAGCUGCGGCGGCUGAGGGCGGCGGAGGCGCAGCUCCUGAAGCUCGCGGCGGAGAGGGAUGCGGCGGCGCAGCGGGCGGCUGCGCUGCAGGAGGCCCUGCGGGAGGCGCGCGCGGCGGCAGAGGCGGCGGCGGAGGUGCGCGCAAGGGAGGCGGAGGCGCGGGCGGCCGAGGAGCGGUCCGCAGCCGCGGCAGAGGUGCGGACAUUGGAGGCCGCGCUUCAGGCGUUGCAGGCGGCGGCGGCCGAGGGGGCGCAGCGGCUGCAGGCGGCGCAGGAGCAGCUCUCCGCGGCCGAGGCAGAUGCGGAGGCGCGCGUGCAGGCAGCCCAGCAGGAGCGGCAGGUGGCUGCGGCGGAGGCGGCGGCGCUGAGGGCGGCCCUGGAGGAUGAGAGGCAGAGCGCGGGCGCACAGGGGGCGGAGGUGGGCGCCCUCAAGGCGAGGCUGUCGGAGGCGGCAGCUGCCGAGCAGCUGCUCUCAGAGAAGCUGACGGCCGCGGAGGGGCGCCUGGCUGCGGCGGAGUCGGCGGCGGGCGCGCUCCAAGAGCGCGCGGCGGCGCUCGAGGCGGCGGCGGUUGCGCGCGCGGAGGAGGAAGAGGCGGCCGCCGCGGCGCAGCGCGAGCGUGCCGCGUCGCUGGCGACGGAGCGGGAUGCGUUGGAGGGCGCGCUGAGUCAGCGCGAGCGCGAUGUGGUUGCACUUCUAGAGUCUGGCCGCGCCGCCAAGGCGGAGGCGGAGCG